AUGGAAUUGGUGUGGGACUUGCCAUGGUACGAGAAGUUGCACGGAUACAUCAUGGGAGUCAUGGCCUUACUUGUAGCCCUUGGGCUCUUCUCAUUUUGCCAGAUUCUUCGAACCUGCAGCAGCCGAGGUAUCAGGUUUGAACCUCCGACCGGCAAAGGGGCGGUUGUGAAGGCCUUGCCACUAGGUCCAAGCAUCCUUGGACGUGAUGCACCAUGCACGAAGACUCCAUGGGAAAUGAGGUCACCUUACCUUUCAUGCCACCAUCCUGCAAUGGAUUCGCUGCAGCAAGUACACAGGAGGAGGUCGCUGCGGCUGCAUGCAAAAGAACGCCUGCAUGCCUUGUCGGUGAUGCGGUCCAUGAUGCGAGGACAAGCAGGAAAGCAAGAAGGCACGAGCCACGAAAGUCAGGAAAUGCAACUGCACGUGCCAACGUUGCGUGUGCAUUGCAUGUGCCAGGUGCCACUGCCAGGUACAAAGCCUCGUGGACCUCCGUCGUCUUGGCUUGGCCCGAGCACGCAGAUUGGCACCCGGGACUUAGAUUCUCUCACUUUGUCUGUCCACAAUGACACAACUUUGAUGCUGCAGCAUUGA